GAGAGAGAGAGAGUGUGUGUGGAAAAGAGACAAUUUUCGCGGAGCAUUCUCCGGUCGCGCGCGCGGAUUUCCCUCGUGGCUCUCUUCCCCGUGGGUUUCCUUCUCUCUCGCCGUUCGUUGCGUCCGGGGCCAUUUUGACGAAAUGAAAAUAACAUCACGAGCCGCUGUACGCGGAUUCCCCGCCCCCGCGGUCCUGCUCGCCGUCCUCGUGUGGUGCCACUGCGUAUGCACGACCGCAUAUGCGAGAUCGCACCGCUCCAAGUCCGUCGACGACGACAAUGGCACCGUGCCCGUCGCCGCUUGCGACCUGGUCAGGCCAUUCUUCGACACCAAGAACAUCACGCUCGUGCCGGCCGCAGCGGAUUCUCCAAAGAGUAAGUAGAUCUUUCAGCACAAAAAUAAAUCGUCCCUGCGCGAUUCUUAACUAUGUGUCGUAAUAAUAUCUUUAAAUCGGAGGUAUUCCUUUUUUUUCAAUUGAAAAAAGAAAACAGGCUGAAAGAGCGUGGGAUCCGAUGUUCAAUGAAAAAAAGAAGGACAAGUUCUCUGCUGUCGGUGUGUAUUAAGUCAGCAUUCCCCCAACAUUCAAAUUCCAUAAUUUUGCAUCGCAAUUCCCGUUUCAUUUCGAAGAGUUCCCAAUUGAAGGAUCUCUGUUGAUUAAUGAAAUUGGAAAUAAAUUAAAAA